AUGGCGCGCCCCGUACGCAAACGCCGACAAGAGGCGGGAAAGCAUGGGUUAGGGGGGUUGGAGGCCAAGGAGUCGCCAGCGAGUUUGAUGUACGCGAUUCGACUGGGCCGAAAGCAAUUCCAGGAUGAGAUCGAGUGGAUUCAGAAAUUCAAAGGUGCGCCGCAUAUCAUUCAGCUGGCUACUUUGGACAGCGAGGUCAUGAACCCGACGAGCUACAACAAUGCGAAGGCCGAGAACCCUAUAAUGAUCAUGGAGUUACUUGACAUGGGCGAUGUUAGGGAUCUGGCUUGUCGUAUAAACGAGGCUGUUGCGACCAAUCCAGAGCUUCCCGAUGGCCAGAAAAAGUUGGAAUACAUUCCCAACAGGAUAUUGUGGCACAUAUUUCUAUGUCUCGCCCGAGGCUGCAUAGCUUUGGCUUAUCCACCCGGUCCGCCAGGCCUACGUGACGGAAAAUCGUACCGAGAAGAAAUAGAUCCUGAGAAGAAUCCCAAGCGAAACGUGCACCAUGACUUGGAUCUAACCAAUGGUAAUUUCGUCAACCUAUACAACGUGCCCGAGAUCCCCCCCAGGCUCAAGUCCCUGGACUUUGUUACCGACGUUUUAGCGACUGCUGACUUUCUUUGUUUGCAGUGGGAUACAAUUGUGCCCGAUUAUAUGAUGGGUGGAGUUGCAAGGGACAAGAGGGCUGACUAUUAUAAAAUCGGGAAACCUGGUUUCCAACCUCCAGAACAAGCACGCUGGCGUAAUCACGCCAUAACAGGGCUCGGCGUGAAAUCCAAUAUAUGGGGGAUAGGUAUGACCAUGUGGUGCCUUAUAACACUCUGCUGGCCGCAGCAGACAAUGAAUCCGAACUUCAAGGAGUGCUGGCUCCCGAACACGCACAACCAUGGGAAAUGGAUAGCGACGCUGGGCCACGAUCUUCUUGCGACAAAGUACAGACCACAGGUUGCGGAAGACCGCUAUAAAGAAUAUGACUUCAACCUACGGUUGUUGAUAGCCCGCUGCAUGGCCGAAAAACCGACAUAUCGACCUGACUUGCAAGAGCUACUCGGGAUCAUCGAGCAGGGCAUCAGCGAUGGAGCCAGUGGAUAUCGGAACUACCCAGUGACCGCGACCGACGUCACUCCCAAGCACGAUAUAACAGCUACCGGCAACCGGGAUCCGAUAAAAGGACCACCGCUGGAGGAGGACGAUGGUCUGCUGGAACAAUUCGUAAGAGACCAUGCGAGCGUUCCGCCGGCCCCGAUGGGGCAAGUUUAUGAGAAAGAGUUUGGGCAGCUAUCGGGAUUUGUAUACCCCCCACUCAGAAGCCCCAUACCUGACCCUGCGGUACUUCCUCCAUCGUCUCCAACGGUUCUUCCACCGCCGCCUCCAACGGGUCCUCCACCGCCGCCUCCACCGCGUGCACCGACGGGGAGACCCUCCAAGAGACCGGUCACACCGAUCUACGGCGACUUCUACCGACGCAAUGUGACGGCGGCGAUUAACCCUGCCCCGCCAAGGCCCGCUCCAUGCCGGGGCAGGGGACGUGGGAUUGUGAGGAGAGUGCGCGUAGUUCCUGCUGCCCCUCAGCCUGGUUUCUACGGCUCAUAUCACAUACCCGGGACCGGGAAGCCGCGUGAUCGGAGACUAUGA